GUUUUCUUCUCACAUGUUGACUUGUUUUUAAAAGGAAAAAGUGAAAUUUGAGUUUUGAUUGUUUAUUCAUUUUAAUUCGGUGAUAUUAUUAUUUUAAUUUCUACCAAAAUGGUUAAACUUGAUGCUAACAUGUUGAAGUAUUUAGAAAGUGAUGAUUUUCGGGUUAUCACUGCAGUGGAAAUGGGAAUGAAAAAUCAUCAACUGGUUCCUGGAUCAUUGGUUAGUUCAAUUGCUGGUCUACGUGGUGGUGGAACAUCUAAAAUUUUGAACAAUUUAACACGAAAUAAAUUGUUAGUCUAUGAAAGAGGUAAAAAAUAUGAUGGAUAUCGAUUAACUUUCCAUGGUUAUGAUUAUCUUGCUCUAAAUGUUUUGUCUCGACGUGGAGUUGUCAGUCAUCUUGGUAAUCAAAUAGGUGUAGGAAAAGAAUCUGAUGUUUAUAUUGCUGCUAAUGAAGAAGGAGAAAGAUUUGCAAUGAAACUCCACAGACUUGGUCGUACAUCUUUCAGGAGAGUUCAUGAUAAAAGAGAUUACCAUCAACAUGGUAAAGUCAACAAUUGGAUUUACAUGUCCAGACUUUCAGCUGCCAGAGAAUUUUCAUUUCUCAAGGCUCUCCAUGAAAGAGGAUUCCCAGUUCCCAAGCCGAUUGAUAUUAAUCGACAUUGUAUUGUCAUGGAGCUUAUUAAUGGAACUUUGUUGAAUCAUGUGGCCGAGCUUGAAGACAAAGCUACUCUUUAUGACAGCCUAAUGAAUUUGUUGCUUUCUCUUGCUAAUGAUUAUGGUGUUGUUCAUGGUGAUUUCAAUGAAUUUAAUAUCAUGAUUGACAAUGAAAACUUAAAACCUAUUCUUAUUGACUUUCCACAAAUGAUUAGUACUAAUCAUAAAAUGGCAAGGGGAUAUUUCCAACGAGAUGUUGAAUGUGUUGUUAACAUUUUCAAGAGAAAAUACCAUUUUGAAAGUGUAGAUAUUCCAAAUUUUGAUCGUGAUGUGAUCAUCGAUGAAAAAGAAGAAGGAAUAAUUAGCAAAUUGUCAACAGAAGCCAAUGAAUUUGAACCAGUUAUCAACAAUGAUCUUAGUGAUUUAGAUGACAAUUCCGUUUUACCAGGAACUUCAAAAUCAACUUCUAAUGAAGAGAAUCCACUUAAUGAAGGAGUUAAUCCCCAUGAUUCAUAUGAAAGUGAAAUGACCGUUAAAAUUAUUGAUGAGAAUAAUUUAAUUGUUUCUGAUAGAAACAGUCAUCAUAAUUUAAGUUCUGAUGAUGAUAGUUGUAGAAACUCUGAGAUAACAUCUAUUGCUGGUUCAAGAGCUGGAACUUAUUCAGUCGCUGGAAGUACUUUUACCACCGAGGAAAUCAAAACUAAGUUGAAGAAAGAGUUCGCAAGUCGUUCAAGGCGAGAGGAAUUAAAGAAAGCGUCCAAAAGUAUCAAGGGAGAGGAUUCAGCAGUUCGAAGACAAAGACGUGAUAAUGAUGCAAGAAUCAGGGAUGACAAAGCUUUUAGUAAUUCUGAUUGGUUUGUUAAUUAAAAUGCUAUUUGAUUGUUUAUCAAA